GCUGAUUUUCUCUCUCAUAAACUCAUUUAGAGUUUUCCACGCUUUUUUGACAAAUUACCCCCAUGCAUUAUUAGAUCCUUCUUCAUUUUCUCCUCAGAUUUUUCCAUUUGCCUUUUCACAGUCCAUCGCACCUCCGUUCUUUUUCGUAUUUCUCUCUCUCUCUCUCUCUCUCUCUCUCUCUCUUCUCUCUCUCUCUCUCUCUCAAUACGCAUCCCUCUUUUGAAAUCCACCCAAAUACCACUCUCAAGAAAUACCCAAAAUUAACCAUCGAAACCGAUCCAUUAUCAGAGCAUCAUCGUCGUAGAAUCCCCUUUCUAUUUCUUCUGCAUCGAUAGGAAGAUAAAGAUAUUUCAGGAGACUGGUGAGCGUAUUGGCAUUUGGCAGCUAUAACUGUGACUCUUGCUUAGAAUUCUUGGCAAAUGAAGAGUUUUUUAUGUGUUCUAUGCACCAUUAUUUAUAUGAAAUUCAUUGUUAGAGUGGGGAACAAUUGAGUUUUGCAUCAAAAAGGCCCAUUUGGAACUUGGGCUUUGAAUGGGGUGUUACGUGGAUAGCAUCUUAUGAUCGAGCUGUAUUGUGCUGUGGCCUUGUACUCUUUUGGAGCAUUUUUAUUGAGAAAAUUUGUGGGUUAUCUCUCUAGAGGGGGAAAGAAAUUAGGCUUUGUCUCUGUAUCUUCUUCUUGUACUUUUAGUGAAAUUAUUUUGUGGGUUCUCUCUCAAAAGAGGGAGAACAAUUAGGAAGCACGGGUUAGCUAAGGUUACUUGCAUGGGCGAUCAUGAAGGGUGGGCACAGCCAAGUGGCCUCUUGCCCAAUGGUCUCUUGCCCAAUGAAGCAGCAGGUGUGACCCGAGUGCUCGAUGCUGAAAGAUGGUUGAAAGUGGAGGAGAGAACGGGGGAGUUGAUUUCUUGCAUUCAGCCCAAUGAGCCCUCAGAAGACAGAAGGAAUGCCGUGGCAGAUUAUGUGCAGCGGCUUAUUAUGAAAUGCUUUUCGUGUCAGGUGUUUACCUUCGGGUCAGUACCGCUGAAGACUUAUUUACCAGAUGGAGAUAUUGACCUGACAGCUUUCAGCAAUAACCCAAAUCUGAAGGAUACCUGGGCCAAUGAAGUUCGAGAGGUGCUUGAGAGUGAAGAGAAGAGCGAGAAUGCAGAGUUUCGUGUUAAAGAAGUUCAGUACAUUCAGGCAGAAGUGAAACUUAUCAAGUGUCUUGUAGAAAACAUUGUGGUUGAUAUAUCCUUUAACCAGCUUGGCGGGUUGUGUACUCUUUGUUUCCUAGAGGAGGUUGACCAUUUGAUUGGCCAUAAUCAUUUAUUCAAGCGUAGUAUCAUAUUGAUCAAAGCCUGGUGCUACUAUGAAAGCCGUAUAUUGGGUGCUCAUCAUGGACUUAUUUCUACUUAUGCUCUUGAGACCUUGGUUUUGUAUAUAUUCCAUGUAUUUAACAAUUCCUUCACUGGGCCUCUGGAGGUCCUAUAUCGCUUUUUGGAAUUCUUCAGUAACUUUGACUGGGACAACUUUUGUGUUAGUCUCUGGGGUCCUGUCCCUAUUAGUUCCCUUCCUGACAUGACAGUGGAACCUCCUCGCAAAGAUGGUGGAGAGUUACUGCUCAACAAAGUCUUCCUUGAUGCUUGUAGUUCAGUGUAUGCUGUUAUUCCUGGUGGCCAAGAAAAUCUUAGCCAACCUUUUGUAUCUAAGCAUUUUAAUGUCAUUGAUCCUUUACGCACAAACAAUAACCUGGGGCGCAGUGUUAGUAAAGGUAACUUUUACAGAAUCCGCAGCGCCUUUGCCUUUGGGGCCAAAAGGUUAGCCCGACUGCUUGAGUGCCCAAAAGAGAGCCUAAUUGCCGAAGUGAACCAGUUCUUCAUGAACACGUGGGAGCGACAUGGAAGCGGUCAGCGCCCUGAUGCCCCCAGCCCAUUCCUCUGGAACCUUCGACCUUCAAAUUCCAGCACCCUCGAAGGCACCUCUAGUUUAAGAAAUCAAGCAAGUACGAGCAACCCCAGUGGCCGAGAUGAUGGGCUCAUACAAGCCAAUCAUGUGCCCCAUGUGGUGGAGCAACCUGUGGCUUUUCGUAGGCAGUCCUUAAUCUCUGAAAGUGUAUCUAGGGUUUCUCGUAGCCUGAGCCAGAAAACCCAUGGUAGCAACAACCAUGACCAACAUCUCGCAAGAGUGGUCUCUGCCCAGGCAUCGAGGAGCACUAGCUCGAGUGAGCUUGUGAAUUCUGACAAGGUUCCAAGAAUGCACAAGCCUGAUUACUCUGUGCUCGAGCGAGAAGUUCAGGGAAGGUAUCAUUUUGCAAGAACAAGGUCUAGUCCUGAGCUAACUGACACCACUGAAACGUCAUUGAGAGGAAGGCGUAACAGGGUGGGUCCUGAGGUUUCCCGAAAAACCCAGUUCAGUUCAUCAAGGCCUGAGAUUGGUGGUGGUCGAAGGAAGAAUGUGGGUCCUGAUAUUCAAAGUGUGGGCCAUAGUAUAAGGCCUCAAGUGGAGGACCCAUUGUCAGUGAUGCAUAGCUCAUCGCAUCAAAAUCUUGAUGGUCCAGGCAAUUCAACCAGUGCUUCGAAUAGCUACCAGGAAGAUGGGGGCACGAGUGGUGCUGCAGAUGAGCUUGCUUCUGUUACGGAAUCUGUGGACUUGCUAAUGCACCAAGAAGAGCAAGAUCUGGUUAACAUGAUGGCUGCUUCUUCAAGGGGUUACCAUGGUUUUAACGGGCCGGUCCAUAUUCCUAUGAACCUCGGGUCUCUUCAUCUUUCAGGUCCUAUUUCACCCUCUGUUUUGGCUUCUAUGGGAUAUGCUCAAAGAAAUUUAACAGGAAUGGUCCCAACAAACCUCCCCUUGAUUGACCCAGCUUGGGGAUCAGGCAUGCAAUUCUCUCAAGGCUUGGUCCCUUCUCGAGUACCCCAUUAUUUCCCCAACCUUGGUUUGGGUUCGAAUCAUGAAGAUGUACAUGAUUCUGGUAAUGAGAAUACUGGGACAACAGAACUGAACGAGGAGGAACUGGGCAAUGCUGGUUUUUGGCAGGAAAAGGAUUUAAUUUCUACUGGUGGGCCUGAUCCAGAGGAUUCUGAAACUGCCCACAUGCUUCACUAUGAUAACAAGCAACAAAGUAAACCCAUUGGGUUCGGUUCCAUUCCGCCAACAAGGAACACUAACCAAAGUGGUGGUCCUUUUAUUAGAGGGCAACAGCAUCAUAAGGUUGCAAAGGGACCAUUAAGGGAAGAUCAUGGAGAUAGUUUCCAGUACCCCAAUAGCAGAGGAAGUGAUACAUCUGAAAGGAGUGUGAGGUCUUUACCAGGGCAAGAUGCGAAUUCCUCUAGAACAAAAGCUGGGUCUGAGAGUUCAUGGGAUGGGUCCUCUACAAAGUCCUCCAAGUCUUCAAAAGAGAAGCGGGGGAGAAAAGUGGUUGCAGGUAGUGUUUAUGGGAAAACAAAGACUGGAUGGCAGAAUGAGGGAGGUGCGUCCUCAUUGUCGGAUCAAGGCUCUGUACCUGACGAGACAGAUAACAGGGAAUGGCACCCAAUUUCAAAUGUAGGGGUCUCACAAAUGACUUCAAGGACCAUGGGGCCCACAUCCCCACAUGCUCGGGCUCACCAGUUGCCUAACUAUGAACCAGCACAAGUGGGGGAUUCUGACUCUAUGAUCCCCAUUGGUCCGAUGCUCGUGGCACCUGGUUCUCAAAGGCAGAGACCAAUGGACAAUCCACCUGGUGUAGUUCCUUUUGCUUUCUACCCCACAGGACCGCCAGUCCCUUUUGUUACCAUGGUCCCGGUCUAUAAUUUCCCUGCUGAGACAGGAAAUUCAGAUGGGUCACCAUCCCAUGUCGAUGGAGACGAUGGGUUAGAUGGUAAUCGGAUGAACCAGUCGGACCAUGGUCUAAGCGGAUCAAAUUUCGAUGCUCAAGAGAGCAUUGAUCAGUCUGAGGUCCUUCUGGGCUCUAGCACAAUGGAGGGUUCAAUCACGGAGCCCCGAGAAGAGUUGAAGUCUGAUAUUCUCAAUAGUGACUUUAUCAGCCAUUGGCAAAAUUUGCAAUAUGGAAGGUUUUGUCAAAACCCAAGAUAUCAUGGGCCAUUGAUUUAUCCUUCACCUAUGGUCGUACCGCCAGUUUAUUUGCAGGGGCAUUUUCCAUGGGAUGGACCUGGUAGACCCAUGUCCACCAAUAUGAAUAUCUUCACCCAAUUGAUGGGUUAUGGCCCUCGCCUUGUGCCUGUCGCUCCUCUGCAGCCGGGUUCUAACAGGCCUGCCGGUGUCUAUCAGCACUUUGGUGAUGACGGUCCAAGAUAUCGUGGGGGCACUGGAACGUACUUGCCAAAUCCAAGACAGGUUCCUUUCAGAGACCGGCAGUCCCCAAACAACAGGACCCACCGAGCAAAUUACAAUUUCGACCACCGCAAUGACCAGGGGGACAGGGAUGGUGGCUGGAAUUCCCACCCUAAACCUCGAGGUGGUGGGGCUCGCAACCACAACAAAUAUGAAGCUCGCAACCCAGCCGAGAAGCCUGGCUCAAGACUCGAUAGGCCCGAAAGGUUUUGGGAGCCCACAUUUAGGCAAGACUCCUUUGCCUCCUCUUUCCAAGCGAACAAUGUUCACUUUGCACCCGCUCAAAACUCUGGGCCCAUGGCCUAUGGCAUGUACCCUAUAAACACAAACGGGGUGGGCCCUGCAGGGCCCACCAUACCCUCUGUGGUCAUGCUCUACCCUUAUGACCAGAAUGUGGGUUAUGUGCCCCCUGAUCAGCUUGAGUUUGGGUCUCUCGGCCCUGUGCACUUUUCGACAGUAAAUGAGGCAUCACAUCUUGGAGAUCAACAGCAUGGGACUUAUCAGGGUGGCUCCCCUGUUCCCUCCUCUCCUGACCAGCCCUCCUCACCUCAAAUCCAAAGGGAUCGCUCAUGAUGCUGUUUAGUGUGUAUUAUCUUACCAGGGGGGUUUGAUUAUUUUUGCCAGAUCGACUGCUCAGAGGAAUUAUCAGUUGAAAGAAGAGGACUUCCCACCUCUAAAUCAGGGUGGUGGUGGGAGCAACCCUAACCCUAGCAGAGCUUCCCAUCAUCAAAACUUCCUGUUUACCCUUCCCCAUCAUUCUUAACAGAAAAUGCUGAACUCUGGGCCUUUGCUGGCUAAUGUUUUCUUCUUGUACAUUUUAUGAUGUGAACUCCUUUCCCAUUUAGGCCUUAGUGUUUUUGUAUGUACAAUAGGAAAAAGAAAAAAAGAAGUCAGUCAUUUUAACUUACCCAUUUUACAAGGGUAAUAUCAGAGAGAACACGAUGAUGAUAGGGACAUGGGAAGAGGUUUCUCUUGUUCAUUUUAGGGCUUUUUAUUCACAUUGCUUCAUUGCUCAUUUAAGUUUGAUUUCCUUUUAGUUGUUAUCUU